AUGAUGGCGGUCGCUCGACGCGCAGUGCUGCAUCCCUCCGCCAUUGCCCAGAAUUGCAGCACCACCUUCCCUAUGCUCGAGUCGCAUUUGGAGAAGUGCGGAGCAGAGAAGGGCGGCUGUCCAUAUUCAAUCUAUUACUUCUUCACGCCUCUCCUCACCCGCGUGGAGUGUGGGAUUCCAUUCAAGCUCUCCUCGCCAGACAAAACAUUGCCGGACGACCCUGCAAACGGCAUCAUUGUGGUGACGCAUCCUGAAGUGAAGGCAGCAGCCAUGUGGCACAUUGGGUCGUACGAGAAAUUGGGGGACGCGUACAAGGCUCUUUAUGAAUGGAUUCGCUCACAGGGAAAGUAUCCAGGUAGUCUCUUGUUUGAGGAGUACUACACCAAUACAACAGACGAGAAGGACCCUGCUAAAUAUAGGACUCGUGUAUACAUGUCUUUGUCUGAUGGCUUUCUGGAGAGCAUGUCAUCUUGUACCAUAACAUAG